GUUCGAAAAGUAUUCGGGACUGCCUUGAUACUCUCGUUGGAUGACAUAACCUUACAACUGUCUAACAUUCCAGUCAACAGUUUUAAGGUGUAUUUCCAGUUGAGCGAGCUCUAAGGGCCUUAGUCAGAAGCACCUGCACUCUCGAUAGGCAAUCUUAGAUUCUGUGGGUUUGAUAUUCCAUUGACCCAGGUUAUACAACCUCUGUUAUUUCUCUGAUUGAUAAGCUGGGUACAGAUCAGAAGCAAAAAAUAUGCAAAGUCCCACCGCAUCCAGGAUCUGAUACUAUUCCCGCUGAUCCCAUACCACGGCACUCUUCCGUGGAGACUAAGCAUGCAUGUGGCCCGCUUGGUAGUGACAAGAAUACCCCUAAUUACCCUCCUCGAAUAAUUUUCUUUUCGUCGAUUGGUAAUCUCUCUCAAUAUCUGAAGCUAAUGGACGCUUCACUAGCCCACUAACGUACUUCCGCAUGUAAUUCUAAGCGCCCUUCUUUUUCAAUAUAUAUCCUCUGUCUAUUCAAGUUUACAUUUGCGUUUUGUAAACUUUCCACUCCAUUGCCCAUCUUAGUCACGGCAAUUUGCGUGCAACCACUUUCAAAAUGUUUGAUACACAUGGCGAGAGGAUGUACGCAGAGAGGGCGGCGGAUGGUCGUGAAGGAGCUCAAAUUCCAUUGCAUUCGGAUAAUUAUGACAGAGAAGUCGUUCCACCAGAAGAACGCUCGUCCUCCGAGGGGGAGGGAAACAAUGAUGGUACAUGGGGAGAACAUGACCAAGGCGGACCAGUCGAUCGCUCAGCUGCUAUGCAAGACUACGAACAACUGCGUCAGCAACUCACACAUUUAUCGAGAACUCGUUCACAGAAGAGUGCGGGUACUGCCCGAAGACCUUCGGCACUGAAGAAAGUCGCGACUAACGCUAGUCGACGCUCACGAACGACUGCCGGUGAGGAUAUAGAGGCGCAAGCAGGGGAAGGAAAAUCCGAAGAAGAAGAAAAGCUCGAAGAAAAUGAAGACACCGCAGCCGAGGAUGAGGAUGAGGAUGAAUUCGUACUGGGUGACUUCCUCAAAGAUGGCCAUUUUGAGAAGCGUAACACGAGAGGAAGUGCUAAAAAGGUUGGUGUGAUAUACAAGAACUUGACUGUACAGGGGGUUGGAGCAACUACAACUUAUGUCAAGACUCUCCCGUCUGCUAUCAUGGGUGUAAGUAAAUGUCUGUUCCAAAGUCACCUAAUUUCUCAGGCUAAUCUAAACAAUGUAGACUUUCGGGCCCGACUUAUAUAAGCUGUUGGCGCGAUUUAUCCCCGCACUCCCUAAACCUGGAUCUCAUGGCCAGAAACGCGAUUUAAUCCACGAUUUUACCGGUUGUGUACGGGAUGGAGAGAUGCUUCUGGUCUUAGGUAGACCUGGUUCUGGAUGCAGCACAUUCCUCAAGGCUAUUUCGAACAAGAGGGGCGAUUACGCUGCUGUCCACGGAGAAGUCUCAUACGGAGGUAUUUCUGCUGAAGAACAAGCAAAGCACUAUCGAGGAGAGGUCAAUUACAACGAAGAAGACGACCAGCACUUUCCGAGUCUUACGGUUGAACAAACAUUGGAAUUCUCACUUUUAAACAAGACAAAAAAGCAUGAAAAGGGAGAUAUCCCCACGAUAAUUACAGCGCUUCUGAAGAUGUUUGGUAUUUCUCACACGCGCCAUACCCUAGUUGGAGAUGUGAGUUCUCACCCUUUCCAGUUGUGAUCAUAGGAAAUAACUUCUAACACCGUUUUGUAGGCCUUCGUCCGAGGUGUUUCUGGUGGCGAACGGAAGCGGGUUUCCAUUGCGGAGACACUUGCUACCAAGAGCACAGUCGUUUCUUGGGACAAUUCUACUCGUGGACUUGAUGCGUCGACUGCAUUAGACUAUGCCAAUUCCCUGAGAGUAAUGACGGAUAUCAGUAACAGAACAACUCUUGUCACACUCUAUCAAGCCGGAGAGCAAAUAUACGAGCUCAUGGAUAAGGUACUGGUGAUCGAUGAGGGAAGAAUGGUAUAUUCAGGACCAGCAGGUGACGCCAAGAACUACUUCGAGAGAAUAGGAUAUUAUUGCCCACCGAGACAGACUACCGCAGAUUUCCUGACGGCUUGCACGGAUCCAGUCGAACGCCGGUUUCAAAAAGACUUCAUGGGUUCUAUCCCAAAAGGCCCUAUUGAGCUUGAGAAAGCAUUCAGAGAAAGCGAAGAUUACAACCUCCUUCUGGAAGAUGUUGGGUCUUAUGAAAGGGUGCUACAUGAAACCGACCACGCGGAUGCACGAGAAUUCAAGGCCUCCGUGGAAGAGACAAAAUCCAAGACUGUUGGAUCCCGGUCACCUUACACAGUCUCUUUCUUUCGUCAAGUCCUUGCUUGCACAAAGCGCGAAAUUCAAUUGACUCUUGGAGACAGGACAACUCUGUAUACCAAAUUCUUUAUUAUCAUUUCCAACAGUUUAAUUGUCGGUUCCUUAUUUCACGGACAAGCAUCUAACACACUCGGAAACUUCUCUCGUGGCGGUACUCUCUUUUUCUCCAUCCUCUUCUUGGGAUGGCUUCAACUAUCUGAACUCAUGAAGGCUGUCGGUGGUAGACCUAUCAUCGCCAGACACAAAGAUUAUGCUUUCUACCGUCCAUCAGCCGUUGUAGUUGCUCGAGUAGUUCAAGAUUUCCCGCUGCUACUGGUACAGGUUGUCCCGUUUUCUGUUGCAGUGGUAUGUAUUUGGUCCUUCGUAGCUGCACGGAAAUUAUACUAACAAUCAUAGUAUUUUAUCACCGGACUUGAAGUGGAUGCUGGGAAAUACUUUAUCUAUUUCCUGUUCAUUUACCUUACGACAUUUUGCAUCACUUCCUUAUAUCGUAUGUUUGCCGCACUCUCGCCAUCGAUUGAUGAUGCUGUUAGGUUUUCUGGUAUUGGACUGAAUCUUUUGAUGUAAGCCGCACUCAUAUUUUCCCAAUGACCACUGUUGACAACUUAAAGUAUUUACACCGGAUACGUGAUUCCUAAACCACAAUUAGUAUCUGACUAUAUCUGGUUUGGAUGGCUUUACUAUGUAAAUCCUCUAUCAUACUCAUUCGAAGCUGUCAUAUCAGACGAAUUUUACAACAAGAAUAUUCCUUGCGCCCCGGAACAAACUGUGCCCAGUGGUCCAGGUUAUACGAAUCCCGAAUUUCAGGGCUGUGCUUCUACCGGCGCUGAGGUCGGAAACUUGAGUAUAUCAGGAUCUAGAUAUCUUCAAGAAAGUUUCGAUUACACAAGGUCGCAUCUUUGGAGAAAUUUUGGUGUCGGUAAGUAUUAGUAAUCUUUCGUUUAACGUUCCGUACGUUCCGGUAUCUAACGCGUCCCAGUUAUUGCUUGGACUGUCCUCUAUAUCCUCGUCACUGCUAUUGCCACUGAAGUGUUUGAUUUCACUGCUUCUGGUGGUGGUGCACUCGAAUUCAAGCGUUCUAAGGCUGCAAAGAACAAGGUCAAAGCAGAAAAUGCUACUCCCGACGAAGAAAACUCCCCAUCUUCCAGUCAACUUCCUACAAGCGGCGCCUCUUCUAGUGACACACUAGAGCCACCUCAAGAGGAAACACUCAAAGACAUCUCUGGCUCAGAAAGCGUGUUUACAUGGGAGAAUGUUGAGUACACUGUGCCAUAUCUUGGCGGCGAACGCAAGAUUCUCAACAAAGUCAAUGGCUAUGCAAAACCUGGACUUAUGGUGGCACUAAUGGGAGCUAGUGGAGCUGGAAAAACUACGCUGCUAAACACCCUUUCUCAACGCCAGAAGACCGGUGUAGUGACUGGAGAUAUGUUGGUUGAUGGACGGCCAUUGGGCACUGAAUUUCAGAGAGGUACUGGAUUCUGUGAGCAAAUGGACCUUCAUGAUGGCACGGCUACCGUUCGAGAAGCCCUUGAAUUCUCCGCUAUUCUUCGACAAGAACAUACAGUUCCAAAAGCGGAGAAGAUUGAAUACGUAGAUAAGAUUAUUGAUCUUCUCGAAUUACGGGAUAUGCAAGAUGCUUUGGUCAGAUCUUUGGGCGUGGAACAGAGAAAGAGAGUCACGAUUGGUGUGGAACUAGCUGCAAAGCCUAACCUCCUACUCUUUUUGGAUGAGCCUACUUCUGGACUCGACUCCCAAUCUGCUUAUUCCAUUGUUCGAUUUUUGAAGAAACUUUCUGCAGCUGGUCAAGCUAUCGUCUGUACUGUUCAUCAACCCUCCUCAGUCCUCAUUCAAGAAUUCGACAUGAUUUUAGCCUUGAAUCCAGGCGGAAACGCUUUUUACUUCGGACCCGUCGGCGAAAAUGGUUCUGCAGUGGUCAAGUACUUUGCUGAUCGUGGUGUGCACUGCCCUCCACAAAAGAACGUCGCAGAAUUUAUCCUCGAAACUGCCGCCAAAGGCGGGAAGCGCCGUGAUGGCAAGAAACUCAACUGGAACGAAGAAUGGCUUAAUUCCGAAGAAAAUAAAGUUGUCAUGCAGGAGAUUCAGCGCAUCAAAUCUGAACGUAGCAAAGUUCCAGCUCCAGAGGCUAGUUCCCAACGCGAAUUCGCUUCUCCGGUUACACUUCAAACAAUUGAAUUGACUAAACGUCUCUUUACUCAAUAUUGGCGCGAUCCAUCAUAUCUCUAUGGCAAGCUCUUCACAUCUGUUAUCAUUGGUAUCUUCAACGGCUUCACAUUUUGGCAAUUGGGCUAUGGUAUCAUUGAUAUGCAGAAUCGAAUGUUCUCCUCAUACUUGAUUAUUCUCAUUCCUCCCACGAUCCUUAAUGGUGUUGUACCUAAAUUCUAUCAGAAUCGCGCACUUUGGGAAGCCCGAGAACUUCCUUCGAGGAUUUAUGGUUGGGUUGCAUUUUGCACUGCGAAUAUCGUCGCCGAGAUACCAAUUGCUAUUGUCGGAGCGGUGAUUUAUUGGGCUUUGUGGUAUUGGCCUGCUGGUUUGCCAGGCGACUCUUCCACUUCGGGUUAUGUAUUCCUCAUGACACUACUUUUCGUUGGUUCCUCCCUUCUUAUCUCAUCUCUCUAUCAAAGUCACUAACACCUUCACAGUUCCUCUUCCAAGCUUCCUGGGGUCAAUGGAUCUGCGCCUUCGCACCCUCCUUCACCGUAAUCUCUAACGUCCUCCCGUUCUUCUUUGUAAUGUUCGGUCUCUUCAACGGUGUUGUCCGUCAAUAUUCUCAGAUGUCUGUCUUCUGGCGCUACUGGCUUUACUAUGUUAAUCCAGCCACAUAUUGGGUCGGCGGUGUUAUCUCUGCUACCCUCGCCAAUGUCUCAGUCGAAUGCGCCUCCAGCGAAGCUGCUUAUUUCAAUCCUCCAUCGGGCCAAACUUGUUCCUCCUAUGCUAGUAACUUUGUUACUUCGGCCGGAAAAGGAUAUUUAACGAAUCCGGACGCCACGACAAAUUGUGGAUAUUGUCCAUAUGCCAAUGGAGAAGAAUACAUGGCGACGUUAAAUGUCACACCGAGUGAUAAAUGGAGGUAUUUUGGAAUUUUCUUCGGAUUCUGUAUUAGUAAUUGGGCGUUGGUUUAUUUCUUCAUCUACACGGUGAGGAUUCGAGGGUGGAGUUUUGGAUUUGCAAGUUUGUUUGGAGGACUGGGGAAGAUGAUCGGAAAGGUCAAGAGUGUGUUUAAAGGGAAGGAGAAGAAGAGCCAAUGAUUGGUAGUUGGCGAUUGGAGAUUGAUUGGUUGUAGAGGAUGAAAAAGUGGCAUGAUAUACCAGGUAUGAAUGCAUUAGAGCGGCAACGAUCAUGAUAGAUAACGAUUAGUUUAGUAAUGAUGGAGGGAUAUAUACUUUUAAUGAUACACUUUGUCUUCCAGAUCGUUUCUAGUUCGGAACCACCAAAUUUAACAUUGAUUGUAAUUGCUUGUUCUGGGAAACCGCACGAGAAUGAAUAACCGCAUAUAUUGGAUGGCAAUUUAUUGGGUGCAGGAUGCGGGAUCUCUACUUCAGAGUUGAAGGUAGAUGAAAUAAAUGCUUCAAAAAUGAAAAAUGGUAGAAGAU